GCUGGGCCUGAAUGAGCACCACCAGAACGAAGUGAUCAGCUACAUGCGCUUCGCUCGUUUCAAGCGUGGCCUGUGUCUUAAAACAGUGGAUUCUUGUUUUCAGGACCUUAAGGACAGCAGACUUGUUGAGGAGACCUUCACAGCUGAUGAGGUGAAAGAGAUGCUGGAUGGACUGCGGACUGUUGUGCACAGCGAAGUGGAGUCAGAGCUCAUAAAUACAACUUACACCAAUGUUCUUCUUCUGCGGCAGCUGUUUUCGCAGGCUGAGAAAUGGUACCUGAAGUUACAGACAGACAUCUCCGAACUGGAGAAUCGAGAAUUGUUGGAUCAGGUUGCUGAGUUUGAAAAGUCAGAAUUUACAUCUUCGAACAAGAAGGUAGUUGCAGAACUCAUGAAACCAAAACUGGCUCCAUUAAAUGAAGGUGGCUCAGAGUUGCUAAACAAGAGAGUUGCUUGUCUCCAAGAAGAAAAUGAAAAAUUGAAGACGAGACUCAAGACCAUAGAAACACAGGCUACAGCUGCAUUAGAUGAAAAGUCCAAACUAGAGAAGUCACUGAAGGAUUUACAGAUGAUCCAAGGAGACCAAAAGACUGAUGCAAACCAGGAUAUCACUGAACUGGAGAAUAAAGUGGCAGCUUUGAAAUGCCAGUUUGAGAAGACUCUGAGUGACUCUACCGCAAACCAAAAAUUAUUGGAAGAGAACUUGGUGACAACGAAACAUGACUUGCUUAAGGUUCAGGAUCAGCUAUCCACAGCUGAAAAGGAAUUAGAGAAGAAAUUUCAGCAAACAGCUGCCUAUCGCAACAUGAAAGACAUUCUCACUAAGAAGAACGAACAGAUAAAGGAUCUACGUAAAAAGCUUUCCAAAUACGAGUCGGAGGACUGA